UUCAAAACUGUCACAAGUUGUCAUCUACACGUCCAGUCUUCUGUCAUAAAUUUAACAUAAAUGUUCGAUAUAAUCUAUUAAGUGCAUCUAAAUGGUCGAUCUGGAACGAUUCGUGUCUCCAUCAAUCCAAAGCGUAAGCCAUGCUGAAGGGGUUGGUGCCGGUUGUGUUGUGUGCUUUGUGUGAAGUCACCGCGAGAUAUGCAUUCUUCCGCUCGAUAGGACGCGACGCCUCUGCACGUCGCAUCUUUGGCGGCACGGAGGCCCCGGCGGGCGCGUACCCGGGCGCCUGCGCGCUGCUGGACUCGUCGCCGGCGCCGCGCUGCUCCUGCGCCGUGCUGGCGCCGCGCUGGGCACUCACGGCGGCGCACUGCGUGAAGCCCGAGAUCGCCUACGUGCAGUUUAAUGGAGCAUAUCGCUCCGACUCCAAUCUCGCGACUGUAAAGCUCAUGUACGCACAUCCCGCGUUCGAGGCCGUGGUUCGGGACAUGGGCGAGGGCCCGGACGUGGUGACGCUGCAGCACGACCUGGGCCUGGUGCGCACGCGCGGCAACAUGGUGCUCUCCUCCCACUCGUACUUCCCCGUGCCCCGCGCCCCGCGCGCCAACGGGGACAUCGUGGGCGCCAUGAUGCUGUACAAUGUCGAGGAUCUGCUAAAUAAGGAUGUUGAUAUUCUGGGCUACGGUAUGACGGAGGCGAAACCGGCGGGCGAGCGACUGCGAGAGGUGCGGCUGAAGAUGGCCGCGUGCGGGCGCGAGGGCUGGCGGCACUGCGCCUGCGCGGUCGGCGCGGUUAGCGGCGUGUGCUCCGGCGACUCGGGCGGGCCCGUGCUCUACAACGGCACGCAGGUAGGUGCGGCUGCGGCUGGCCGCGUGCGGGCGCGAGGGCUGGCGGCACUGCGCCUGCGCGGUCGGCGCGGUAGGUGCGGCUGCGGCUGGCCGCGUGCGGGCGCGAGGGCUGGCGGCACUGCGCCUGCGCGGUCGGCGCGGUUAGCGGCGUGUGCUCCGGCGACUCGGGCGGGCCCGUGCUCUACAACGGUGCGGCUGCGGCUGGCCGCGUGCGGGCGCGAGGGCUGGCGGCACUGCGCCUGCGCGGUCGGCGCGGUUAGCGGCGUGUGCUCCGGCGACUCGGGCGGGCCCGUGCUCUACAACGGCACGCAGGUGCGGCUGCGGCUGGCCGCGUGCGGGCGCGAGGGCUGGCGGCACUGCGCCUGCGCGGUCGGCGCGGUUAGCGGCGUGUGCUCCGGCGACUCGGGCGGGCCCGUGCUCUACAACGGCACGCAGGUGCGGCUGCGGCUGGCCGCGUGCGGGCGCGAGGGCUGGCGGCACUGCGCCUGCGCGGUCGGCGCGGUUAGCGGCGUGUGCUCCGGCGACUCGGGCGGGCCCGUGCUCUACAACGGCACGCAGGUGCGGCUGCGGCUGGCCGCGUGCGGGCGCGAGGGCUGGCGGCACUGCGCCUGCGCGGUCGGCGCGGUUAGCGGCGUGUGCUCCGGCGACUCGGGCGGGCCCGUGCUCUACAACGGCACGCAGAUCGGCGUGAUGUCGAUGGGCCCGGUGGAGUGCGGCGCGCCGUCGCCGCUCGGCGGGCAGGGCUCGGCGGCGGCCGUCUCCGUAUUCACGAUGCUCCGGCCUUACGCCCAGCUCAUCAACUCCACCAUCUACGACGUGGAUACAGCGAUUCGCAUGCGCGAAGUGGCGCGCUCGGCGGCCAGGAGACGCACCGGCGUGGAAGUGGUGUGUGCGGCGUCGCUGCUGCUAUGCAGGAGCUUAUAACCGCCAGCCCCCGACUCUCCACUAACUCACGCAGUCUCCAGUCAUCCUGUCCUGAUGUCUCCUAACCUGACGUCUCCUGUCCU